UCAAUGAAUUAAAUGGAAAGUCACGUAGUGAGCCAUGUGGUGUUAAACUCAUAAGAUUGUAUGGACUUGAUACAGUUGAUGUUUUUAUAAAAAAAGUAAAAUCUGAUUUUGAAAUUGAAGAAUCUGUUCAAGAAAUCAAAAAAUCAGAUUCAGUAUUUGUAGCAACCUGGAAUGAUGGUAUACGACUGAUUAAACGUGAAUCUGGCAAUCAUACACGCACUAUAUCAUUUGUUAACCUAAUGGAAUUGCACUAUUCUCGAACAAAAAUUUCAGACAAU